ACAGUGCGCUCGUGAAUCUGUGCUAGAGUGGCAGUCCGAGAACUUUCUGCACUCACAAGGAUCUACCACUAGAGGUCUCUAGCCAGCCUCUAAUUUUCCUGUCAUCCUGGAUGUCAAAGCAAUUGAUCAGGUUUUUACUGAAGGGAAACUUUCACACACAGGUUUGGUACAUGAGGCCAGGAAAGCACAGGGGUGGCUGGGGUACUGAUUGCUGUGUGUGUGUGCUGGACCGGUCAGUCCUGGGGUAUUGAUUGCUGUGUGUGUGCUGGACCGGUCAGUCCUGGGGUACUGAUUGCUGUGUGUGUGUGUUAGAUCGGUCAGUCCUGGGGUACUGAUUGCUGUGUGUGUGUGCUGGACCGGUCAGUCCUGGGGUAUUGAUCCCUGUGUGCUGGACCGGUCAGUCCUGGGGUAUUCCUCGUUGGGGGGAGACUGGGCUCAAGCCCCUGGACAAUCAGAUCGAUAAGGAAGUCUGUAAAGGAGCUCCACUGACCAGCCUCAUCAUUAUUGUGGUGAUCAUGCCGGAUACCAGUACAGAUCACGAAUGACAAUGAGACUUCGUACAGGGAGGAGCACUGUGCCAGGACAACAACCUCUCUCUGAACACCAGUAAGACCAAGGAGCUGAUCAGAGAGCAGACCACGCUCCCAUUGACACCAGGGGGUCUGCAGUGCAGAGGGUCUAGGUGUUAAGAUCACAGAAGGCCUAACCUGGACCCACCACACCAGCCACGUAGCCCAGACAGCACGGCAGCGCCUGUUCUCUCUCCGCAGGUACAGUCGUUCGCCGUGCCGUCACAUAUCCAGGCCAGCUUCGACAGGUGCACUGCUGGGAGUAUCCUGACUGGCUGCAUCACUGCCUGGUCUGGGAGCUGCUCCGUCCCGGGAUGGCAAAGCGCUGCAGAGGGUGGUUUAAGUCAGCGCGAUGUGCUCCGGACAACGAGGAUACCUGCUCUGUGAGAAGGCUAGGUCUAUCCUCCAGGACCCCAGUCACCCCAACCACAAUCUGUUCUCUCUACUACCAUCUGGAAAACGAUACUGCAGCUUACAGACAAACACCAACAGAUUUCAAAACAGCUUUUUCCCUCAGGCAAUAAGACUGCUGAGCAGCCACCAGCAGUUUCCCAAAGACUGCUGAGAAACAGUCAGUCCACUUGAGAGUGAUAAGGUGUGCCCGCAUUUUUCUUUCUUUCCCUGACACCUGCGCUCCCCACCAGGUGUUAUCAUCAUGUAAAUCUUGUCAAUUGUAUCAUUUAUUGUAUUCUACUCUGUAACCUUAAUUCUAUCAGCUCCUGUCCUCUCUCUCCCUGCGAGCUUGCGGAAAAAGCAGUUCAUUGCCAACAACCACUGCUGUAUUGUUGUGCAUUUGAUAAAUAAACCUUGAUUGAUUGAUUAACAGUGACAUUAAAGCAAAUCCUGCAACAGAACACAGGAAACACAGCCCACAGCUCCACAGACCAGCCUAGGGGUUUUAAGCCACUUACUAGUUAUCCACCAUCACCCCCACCAACACCAUCAUCAUCAUCAUCAUCAUGAUUGCCACCUCUCUGUACUGCACCGUCAGUCAAACUCCUGCUCAGGACAGGAGUAGGGCUUUCCUCCAGUCCUGUCCUGAAGAUGUCCGGUGUGCUUGUCCCUGUCCUGUCUGUCUCCUAUCUCCAUCACCCUCCUAGCAAGGCCACAGCCUCCUGCGCCUCUGUGUGCUGCGUCAGACAGCGGUUCCUCAGAACCAGAGCAGAGAAACCUGUUCCCUGCGGGCAGGAGGGAGGGACUCUGGAGCAGCUGUCUGUGUGAUAACAGUCUCUCCCACACAGGCAGGAAGACUGAGCUCUGUACUGACUGCGUGACCUGUGACAGCGCAGGAGACACUGAGACUGGGAGAUGGACAAGUCCACAACAGUCCUGCACCCCGGUGCGGGAGUCCAGGCUGCAGGGACAGAGGAGGGACGGGCUGUUUCCCACGAGGCCCAGCGGCUCUCGGAGCUGAGGAUCGUGCUGCUGGGGGAGAGAGUAGCUGGGAAGAGCUCAGCAGGAAACACCAUCCUGGGCAGGAAGGAGUUUGUGAGCUGCAGAGGAACGGAGCAGAGCGUGAGGAGACAGGGGGAGGUGGCAGGGCGACAGGUCACUGUGGUCGACACCCCAGGCUGGUUUACUCUGAAGGAAACUCCAGCUCAGAUUAAACAGGAGAUCGUGCGCAGUACGUCUCUGUGCCCCCCAGGACCCCACGCCAUCCUCCUGGUGAAUCCUGUCCGCGUGGAUUAUGAGAGACACAGGACAUCAGCGAAGGAGCACCUGGAGCUCCUGGGCGAGACAGCGUGGAGACACACGCUGCUGCUGUUCACCUGUGGGGACAGGCUGGGAGACACAGCCCUGGAGCAGCACAUCCAGACCGGAGGGCAGGACCUGCAGUGGCUCCUGCAGAAAUGUGGGAACAGGUAUCAUGUUCUCAACAACCAGAACAGGCAGGACAGCACUCAGGUCACUGAGCUGCUGGAGAAGAUCGAGCAGAUGAGAUGGGAGGAAGAGGAGAGCACAGCAGAUGAAAUAGACCUCAGCUGUAAGGAGGAGAGGGAAAGAGGAGAGGAGAGACAGAAUCAUGAUGAAAGACUGAGAGAGAGGGAAGAGGAGUGGAAGGACAAGAGGAGAGAUGAGAAACUGAAGAUGAAAGAGACGCAGGAGGAGAAGGAAGAGGUGUUGGGGGAGGAAGAGGAGAAGCUGGAAACUAUGCAGCUGAGGGAAGAGGAGUGGAAGGACAAGAGGAGAGAAGAGAAACAGGAGAUUAAAGAGGCAGAGCUGAAGGCAGAGGAAGGAGCAUUGAGAGAGGAAGAGGCGGAGCUGGAGGAGGAAGGGGUGGAGCUGAAGGCAGAGGAAGGGGUGUUGAGAGAGGAAGGGGCGGAGCUGGAGGAGGAAGAGGCG